GACAGCAGCCCACCAGCAGCAGUGCGGCUGAGCCAGGUGGAAGCGCAGGCGUGGUCUGGCGGUUUCGGAGCAGUGGCGCCUCCACCGAUGCCAGUGCUCCAAGAGCCCAGUGGGCCGCAGCAGUCAGUCCUUAGACAUCACACGAGCGCCUCGAGCCCAGUGAAGCCUGGGCCUAUUGUCUCAGGCGAGCUGAGGCCGCAGGUCAUAGACCAGCGGGAACCAGAAGUUGCACUGUCUCCAUGCAGCGAACACCGUGUGGACGACUCGCACCCACGCCACGGUGGCGCAGAGCCUGGGCAUGUGGAGGCUUCUGAGAACUCUGAGUCCAGCCAGGUGGUCUUGGAAUUGCAGCAGCUAAGAGAGCAGGUGAAGCUUAUCAAUGAGGCUUUGAGUCCCGAGGCUUUGCAAAAGCAGGUGCUGUCAGUGCUUCCGAGCUUGACACCACUGCAGGCAGUGCCACUAGAGCCUGUCCAAGAGGCUGAGGAGGUGAGCCUUGACUCGCGGAGGCAGUGCCACCAGAGCCUGUCCAAGAGGCUGAGGAGGCAGCAGUGCCUGACUCACCUCCAGCAAUCGAGGCAGGCUGGGCUUGCAGGCUAGAUGGACAGGGUUCCAGCCUAUUUGAGGAGUUGUUUGAUGGGUCUUGACUACUCUAAAGCUCGCGGAGGCAGUGCCACCAGAGCCUGUCCAAGAGGCUGAGGAGGCAGCAGUGCCUGACUCACCUCCAGCAAUCGAGGCAG